CGCAAAUAUUACAUAAUAAUUAUUACAAAAUCAUUCCGUUAGUAGCCGCAAUAAAUUUGAUCGGUGUCUGGCGUCCGAGUGUAUCAUUAUACAUGUGAGUUUGUUGUUUCUCUACGACGAUUGUUCUUUUCAGAAUGAUUUUGAUCGGGUUCCAGACGGCCGUCUACCUCAUGUAUACUGCUGUGUUCGUCGUAUCGUUGGUCGGCAACGGUCUGGUAUGCUAUGUGGUCUUGUCCUCAACGCAAAUGCAAUCGGCUACCAACAUGUUUAUCGUGAAUAUGGCCUUCGGUGAUCUGGUCAUGACUCUGUUUUGCGUUCCGUUCCCGUUCGUCGCCUCAUUCUUAUUGCAGUAUUGGCCGCUCGAAAACUAUUUGUGCCAAACCUUUACCUUCGGCAAAAUCGUUGCCGUGAUGGUCAGUGCAUAUACAUUGGUAGCCAUCAGCGUCAACAGGUAUAUAGCAAUUAUGUGGCCAUUGAAACAAAGAACUAGAAAACACCAGGCUAAGUACAUAAUAGCAUUAGUUUGGACAAUGUCUGUCAUUACAUCGCUUCCUUUUUUACUUGCUACUUCGUUGGAUCAGAAGUUUGACAUUUACUUUUGCACUGACAAGUGGUCGAGUGAAUAUUUUCGGCGAUUCUUUAAUGCAGCAUUAUUUGUACUGCAAUGCUGUAUCCCAUUUGCUGUUUUAUUGUUUACUAAUAUUCACAUCGGGAUUGUCGUGUGGGGUAAGCUACCUCCCGGCGAGGCACAAAACUCCAGAGAUAUUAAAAUGGCCAAGUCAAUAAGAAAAAUGAUAAAAAUGAUGGCAACAGUGGUUAUAGCAUUCAUCGUUUGUUGGCUGCCAUAUGAUAUCCUUUUGGUGCUGAGGGCGUACGGGAUGUCGCUGCGCGCGUGGAGCAACCAGCCGUACGUGUGGUUCGCGUUCCACUGGCUGGCCAUAUCGCACACGUGUUACAACCCGUUGAUCUACUUCUGCAUGAACACCCGAUACCGGGCCGGUUUCGUGUCGGCGCUGCGCAACGUGCCGGGACUGGGGUACACGCGGGCGCGGCGGCACGACGACGAGCUGCCCGUGGCCGGACGGCUGCGAGUCCCGUCCGUCGUUUCGGUGUGACCGUUUCGGGCGCGCGUCUGCGUCUUUGAUUUUUAUCAGAUAAUAUUAUACUACCUGCCAAUAUCGUAUGAUGUCGCACGUUUUCCGAAAACCUCGAAACUAUGUUCGGUGAAAACGAUAUCAUCAUAUUAUAUCAUAAUAUACAUUAUAAGACGAUGAGUGUGUCGUACAUAAUUUAUGUGUAUAUAAUAUACAAAUUUGUAUCUGCAACAACGCUCAAAACAACGAAAUCCACUUGUACUGUACUAUGUUUUUUUUUUUUUUUAAAUUUUUUUAUAUUGUUCUAUAAUAUUAUAUGUAUAAUGAAUAGAAUACGAGAUGUAAAUAAUUGUUUAAAAAAGUGUUUAAGACUUACCCGAGCUACUGCUCCUGCAGCUUUGUAAGAUCGUAGUUUUUAUUGAUAUAAUAAUCAUUAAAUGUAGCCGAGUUGUACUGUAAAAUUGAAUUAAUACGUGAACCACAUUAUCGACACUUAAUUGGUUUAUUCGCAUACGCCUAGUUACCCUGAUGGGUAUGACGCGAGUGCCAAUAUUGUUGUCGGGUACUUUUUUAAGCGCUCUAAUUGUUGAUACGAUUCCUUUCAUAGUAUUGUUUUUUUUUUUUUUUAUUUUGUUUUAAUAUAUAGA